AUGUAUAAACCUUCAAGGUCUCUGAGAUAAAGUUAAGAAAAACUAUAUACAAAUAACAAACCAUCUCCAUAGACAAGAGCAGUUUCAUUUGCUACUACUAUGGAAGACCCUCUUAGAUAAAUUAGUAGAGAAUUUGAUAGAGAUAUAUAUAAGUAAAAGUUGAAAAUUUAAGAGGUUGAAUUAUUUGAAGCAAAAGGUAAACAUAUCAAAUUUUAUAGAUUAGAAUAGUAGAAUUAAAUUUACAUAGAGUUGAAUGAAUAGAAAUUGAAAAAUAAAUAAUAAUAAUAAGUUAUAGAUAAUUUAGAAUUCAAACUUCAUAUUGAGAAAAAGGAUUCAUUAAUAUAUUAACAAUAAGUUUAGAGAUUAGAGGAAUAAUAUAAUUAUUUAUAAGAUAAUUAUAAUACAUAAAAAUAACAGAUAAUUGUAUUAUAAGAGAGUAUAGAGUAAAUUUAGAAGAAGAAUAAUCUUGAGAAGGAAAUGAGAAAUGAAAAAGAAUUAUUAUAGGAGAAGGAAAUUAAGUAAAAGUGAUAAUUAUCCAUCAAGAUUUUAAUAAAAUGAGAUAAAGAGAUAUUAAGAAGAAAUUAUAAAAUAGAGAGAACAUAUGUUAUUAAAUAAUUAAUAACAAAAUACUAAUGAAUUUAUUUAAAUAUUAGAAAAUAAAUUUGAAUUAGUGUAAAAAGAAUUCAUAUUCUAUAAAAAAGAAAAAGAAUAAGAAAUUGAAAACAUUAAAUAAUUUAUAGAUUCUUAUUAAAAUUAAAUUAAAUGCUUAAAUUAAGAAAAUUAAAAUUUAUUAGAUAAAUAAUUAAUAAUCUCUACAAAAGAGGAACAUUAAUAAUAAAUAACAAGUUUGAAAAUUGAAUUAGAAAGCUAAAUUUAAAUAACUAAAUAAUUGAAUUAAUAAAUUGUAAUUUUGUAAUAAUAGUUAAACUAAACAAAUAUAAUUUGUUAAAAUCUAAAAGAAGAAAAAUAAAAUGCAAUUAAAGAGAAAUAAGCCAUAGAAACUUAUUAUUUAGAUUAAUUGUAGAAAUAAGAUGUGUAAUUAUCUUAAAUGAUUAAAUCAUCUAUUUAAAAUGAAUAAAAAGCUUAAAUCUAAAAAUUACAAAUUAUAAUUGAGUACUUUAUUCAUUUUAUAUUAUUUUAGAUAAAAAGAUUUAAUGAUAAGAGAAUUAAGUAUGUAAAAGGAUUGUAAUUGUAAUAAAUAGAUUAAAAAUGAAUAAAAAUUAAUUAUAAGAGAUCUUGAAAAAAAGAAUGCAACUUUAGUUAUGGAAGUUGAAAGAUUAAAUAAAAUUUUAAAAUAGAAAUUAACUGAACUUGAAAAUUAAACUUCGAGAUCAUGUGAAGAAAAUCAUAAGAAAUAUUUAGAAGAAAUUGAUAUUUGGAAAAACAAGUUUUUAUCUAUUAAUAAACAAUAUCAUAUUAGUUAAGAAUAAUUAAUGGUAGUUAAAACAGAAUUAGAUGGUUUAAAAAAAACUAAAUAAAAAGAAAAUAUUGAUCCAAUUUAAAUUAAUAAAGUUGUAUGA